GCCAGGACUGCAGUAUCACUUGGUGAUGUGGUGAGUCCCAUAAGUGCAGUACAAGCUGCGUUCUUCAGCCACCAAGAAUUCGCACACAGGCCCGUAGAGCCAAUACUGUCCUUCCGGAUGUGCUUGCAAAUCCUGAUUGGCAGCUGUGACGGGAGUCACUUUGGGUGGGGGGCUCAUGGAACACAGCCCCCUUUGGAGAGGUGGGGAGACCCCUCUCAGCUCCCCAUAUCCCUAUUAUGUAUAAGUCACCCUGUGCCUGUCAGGGCUACAGGGUGA